UCUCUCUCUACCCGUGGCGUGCUCCACUCCUUCAGUCCUUCUUCUUCUUCUUCUACCUCCCGGCGGCCUCCGCCUUAUUAGUAUCUCGCCUCACCACACAUCUAGCAGACAGCCAGACACACGGUGCUUGCUCUCUCCCCAGAGGCUCCUCCGAAGUUCCAACAUAUAUAUAUACCACCACCGCCCGCGGCGCCGCCGCCACCUCCACGCCGGACGGCCACCAAGCAAGCAUGGACAUGGUUUCGCAGUCCGAGCACCUGUGCUACGUCCGCUGCACCUACUGCAACACCGUGCUCGCGCUGCAGGUUGGGGUUCCAUGCAAGAGGCUGAUGGACACGGUGACUGUCAAGUGCGGCCACUGCAACAACCUCUCCUACCUCAGUCCACGGCCCCCCAUGGUGCAGCCGCUCUCGCCGACUGAUCACCCCUUGGGGCCAUUCCAGUGUCAGGGACCCUGCAAUGACUGCAGGAGGAACCAACCGCUGCCGCUGGCCUCGCCGACAUCAACUGAGCUCAGCCCGAGAAUGCCUUUCGUUGUCAAGCCCCCGGAGAAGAAACACCGCCUCCCAUCUGCUUACAAUCGCUUCAUGAGGGAGGAGAUUCAGCGCAUCAAAGCUGCGAAGCCAGAUAUCCCUCACAGGGAGGCCUUCAGCAUGGCUGCCAAGAAUUGGGCGAAGUGCGACCCGCGCUGCUCGACGACUGCCUCUACUGCCACUUCCAACAGCGCUCCAGAACCUAGAGUUGUGCCCACUCCUCAGGUAACUGAGGCACGCUUUGAUCUGGAGGAUAGGGCCAAGGAGCAAGUCAUUGAGAGCUUCGACAUCUUCAAGCAGAUUGAGCGCAGCAUCUAGAGGCCGAUCGAUGGAGCGGUAGCCCAGAGGAUCGAGUACCAUCAGCCAUAUAUAUAAUCUAUGCCGUAUCACCGUACGCAAGCAUGCAUCUAUCCCCGGUCAUUCUGUACUUUUACCCCGUGUUAUUACUGUUGCUAUUAUUCUUGUUGUUGGUUGGAUUGUACGCACCCUUUAAUUAUGAACCGCUACCCUAUAUAAUAUUUGCCAUCUUAUUGUUAUUGUUCCUUAUA